GCCCUAGCGAUGGAGUGUCCCAGGAGACGGCGGGCAUGACGGCGACAGGAUGGGCGCGAACAAUGGCAAGCAGUAUGGCAGUGAGGGCAAAGGCAGCUCCAGCAUCUCAUCUGACGUGAGCUCAAGUACAGAUCACACACCCACCAAAGCCCAGAAGAAUGUGGCUACCAGUGAAGACUCCGACCUGAGCAUGCGCACAUUGAGCACGCCCAGCCCAGCCCUGAUAUGUCCGCCGAAUCUGCCCGGAUUUCAGAAUGGAAGGGGCUCGUCCACCUCCUCGUCCUCCAUCACUGGGGAGACGGUGGCCAUGGUCCACUCCCCGCCCCCAACCCGCCUCACCCACCCGCUCAUCCGGCUCGCCUCGCGGCCGCAGAAGGACCAAGCCAGCAUAGACCGGCUUCCGGACCACUCCAUGGUUCACGUCUUCUCCUUCCUGCCCACCAACCAGCUGUGCCGCUGUGCCCGCGUGUGCCGUCGCUGGUACAACCUGGCCUGGGACCCCCGGCUCUGGAGGACUAUCCGCCUGACGGGCGAGACGAUCCACGUGGACCGCGCCCUCAAGGUGCUGACCCGCAGGCUCUGCCAGGACACCCCCAAUGUCUGUCUCAUGCUGGAAACGGUGACUGUCAGUGGCUGCAGGCGGCUCACAGACCGAGGGCUUUACACCAUCGCCCAGUGUUGCCCCGAACUGAGGCGACUGGAAGUCUCAGGCUGUUACAAUAUCUCCAACGAGGCUGUCUUUGACGUGGUGUCACUCUGCCCCAACCUGGAGCACCUGGAUGUAUCAGGAUGCUCCAAAGUGACCUGCAUCAGCCUGACCCGGGAGGCCUCCAUUAAACUGUCCCCCUUGCAUGGCAAACAGAUUUCCAUCCGCUACCUGGACAUGACGGACUGCUUCGUGCUGGAGGACGAGGGCCUGCACACCAUCGCCGCCCACUGCACGCAGCUCACGCACCUGUACCUGCGCCGCUGCGUGCGCCUCACGGACGAGGGCCUCCGCUACCUGAUGAUCUACUGCCCCUCCAUCAAGGAGCUGAGCGUCAGCGACUGCCGCUUCAUCAGCGACUUCGGCCUGCGGGAGAUCGCCAAGCUGGAGUGCCGCCUGCGGUACCUGAGCAUCGCACACUGCGGCCGAGUCACCGACGUGGGCAUCCGCUACAUCGCCAAGUACUGCGGCAAGUUGCGCUACCUCAACGCGAGGGGCUGCGAGGGCAUCACGGACCACGGCGUGGAGUACCUCGCCAAGAACUGCUCCAAACUCAAGUCCCUGGACAUCGGCAAAUGCCCUUUGGUCUCCGACACAGGCCUGGAGUGCCUGGCCCUGAACUGCUUCAACCUCAAGCGGCUCAGCCUCAAGUCCUGCGAGAGCGUCACGGGCCAGGGCUUGCAGAUCGUGGCCGCCAACUGCUUCGACCUGCGGACGCUGAACGUCCAGGACUGCGAGGUGUCGGUGGAGGCCCUGCGGUUCGUGAAGCGCCACUGCAAACGCUGCGUCAUUGAGCACACCAACCCUGCCUUCUUCUGAAGGGGCGGCUCUCGCCCGUCCUUGU